CUCCCUGGCUAGUCUUAGCAGCAGCGACCACUAGUGUUUGCAAGACUGAGGUUGGGAAAGUGUGGUAGGACUGCGAAGUUUAUUUUGCUUGGUACUACACGCAUCGUUAGGAAAAGAAACCUUUGGAUUAUGAACGUUCCCACUUAAAGGUUGAUGCUUGGAAUGAAGACCAGAACCAUACGACUGUCAUUUGUUUUAGUCCUAGUCAUCCCUGCCGUCUUCAUUCUCUGUUAUGUCUCGUUGUUCGCCAGCAACGAAACCCAUAACUACAAGGAAUCGUUCCAACACCUCAACAAUCGGCCUUUAAUCCUGAACAACAGUGGUCCAGGAACUUUUAGUUCCAGUCCUCAGGGAAGAGGGACCUAUGACCUUGCUGGCAUCCCUUUUCCCAUUUCAAUUCCCAAUAAUACUGUCCUCAUCGGAAAGGAAGUCAGAGGUGACCAAAGUAAGCGAUUUCUGACGAUUGGGAUAUCGUCAGUAUGGCGCGAGGAGAAUUACUUGGCUGUGACGAUUGACUCAUUACUGAAAGAAACAAGUUUGGAAGAACGACGGGACAUCUUCGUUUUCAUCCUCUUGGCUGAUGCUGAUCCCAGAGUCAGAAUGCUGCGAGCAUCGGACUUGAACCAAAGAUACAGGAAAGAAGUAGAGUCUGGACUCCUGAGGGUGUUACAGCCACCAAUAGAGCUAUACGUCAAUCUCGACUCUAUAGCAAGACGUACCUACAACGAUUCAGUCGAUAGAGUCAAGUGGAGGGUUAAGCAGGUACUGGACUUCGCGUUUCUCUUUUGGUAUACCUGGAUAGUUAACCCCUCGAGCUAUUACUUGGUCUUGGAGGAUGAUGUCCUGAGUGCCACACAUUUUGUGAGCUCCAUUAAAGAUUUUGUUCAGGUGCACGAAAAUCAUAAGUGGAUGUCCCUUGAGAUGUUUUUACAGCUCUCUGGCUUCAUUAUCAUAGGACAAUUGCUUCGCUGCCAAGAUCUAAAUUCUCUGGCCACUUUCCUUCUGCUGUUCCAUCGAGAACACCCGGUCGAUUUCCUCUUCAAGUAUUGGGUAUCCCUGAUGGCCCCCGAGAGACCACCAGAUGGCCUCCCUUCCAGGAGGAUUCCAGGUCUCUUCCAGCACAUUGGAAUCCACUCCACUUUGGCCAAUAAAACGCAACCCAUAAAGGACAAUACAUUUGGUUUAGACUCGAGGAGAAUUUCCCACACCAAUCCUGAAGCGCGUGUGGUUACUACUAUGAAACAAUACCAGUCUUUUGGCCCUGAACAGGCUUAUUCCUCCCCUGGAAUGUUUUGGGGAAUAUCCAAGCCCGGAGACACGUUUGAUGUCAUCUUUAUGAAACCUUUGAACGUUUCGAGAGUGCUUGUACUCACAGGUGCAACCUUAGGCAGCAAGAUUCGAGAUCGACUCGAUUACGGGAUUCUGGAAGUGUCGCCAAGGUUCCUGCAGAUGCAGAGUCCGAGGAGAGCGUCCUGCGAAGGUUUCACGACCAUUCAAAUGUUCAAGAAAGGUUCGGUAGACGUGAGGCAUUUGCGAUUUUUGUUCCCAGAAGGAAUCCAGUGUGUCAGGAUAAAUAUUGGAACGAAACAGAAGUCGUGGAUUAUCGUCAGGGAAAUAUCAGUCUUCACGGACGCUGCCAAUUGAUCUUCUUACGCAAAACUGUACAAAUUGAUGAGAUAAUAUUGAAAUAGGAAAUCUGAUCAGGAAAAUGAGUUUUGUCAGCUAGUCAUGGUUCCACCGACAGGUUUAUUCAUAUUUAAUUGUUGUCAAAUAAAGGAUAAACACACCA